AUGUGCGGUUUCGGGGAUAAAGAUCGCCGACCCAUCGAUCCACCCCCAGUUGUCAGGCUUCUCGUGUCUACCACUGACGGAACUCCCGUACCAGAAAGUUCUGUCGACCAUUCUAUGAUGAUCGUUCAUGCUGGACUUUGGUCCGAAGAUUCAACGGAAGAGCGUAGUCUGGUAAUCAAUCCUUCAUCUAUUCCGGCCCAGUCGACUGGUCCCAGCUCAACCGUAAUGUCACUGAACGCACCGUCUAGUACACGAAAUCUUAUGGAAUCGACUGCAUUAUCCAAAGCUUUCGCAAAGCAAGGAAUUAAAAUUCCAAUUCGCAAGGAAACACGUUACCGCAAAGCAAACAAUGACGAUAUACGUGAACCUUCGAAUGACGACGCACCAGAAGCCUCCUCUUCGGUUACAUCCACAAACAUUAGUGAUCUUCCCAAAGCUCCUGAUUCUUCGACUGACCACGAAGGUCACACGGAAGAAAAACGUGAUCAUCAUGAUCUGUCAGAAGAAGACACCGCUGAUGAAGCAGAAGAGGAGGGUAAAGCCCUAUAA